CAGCCCGAGUGUGGGGCAGACGGCUUCAUCAUGUCUUCUGGAGGUCUUCUUCUCCUGCUGGGAUUCCUCAGCCUCUGGGCAGAGCUGACCCCUGUCUCCGGCCAGGACCGUCCAAUGUUUUGUUAUCUUCCUCCUGAGACCGGAAUAUGUAGAGCCAAUGUACCUGCCUUCUACUACAACCCAGCUUCAAAGGAAUGUCAAGAAUUUGCUUAUGGUGGUUGUGGGGGCAAUGCCAACAGGUUUGAGACCAAAGAUGACUGCAAGUACGCCUGUGCAUAAUCCCCAACGAGGAGAUCCACCAGAAUUGGAUCCAGUGUUCCAACUUGACCCAAAGAUCCUUCUUCUGUCUUGGACCACCCUGGAGACCCUCCCCCCAAACCCCACCCUGGGCUCAUUCCUUUUUCUCUGCAAUAAAGCUUUGGUUCCAGCUGC